CGAGGACCACCUGAACGCACCAGCAGUGAAAAGCAGCUGAAUUGGAGUUGCUCACAUGAGCUGAGAGCCGUCAGUGAACUAAACGGAUUCAGACUGUCAAGCGUGAUUAAACGGAUUUACUGAGGAGAUUUUUACCGCAUCUUUCUCAAACCUCGAUAAUGUUGGAUGCUAAUAACAUUUUUCUCAGUGCUUCGGACGGAAGAAACUGUUGUACUAAUACAUUUUUCUACUGUCCAUAACUUUAGACUAGCCUACUGCAGUUAACAGUUUUGUUGCGAUAGGCUACUGUGCACCGGCAACCUUCAAAAAGUUGCUAUAACUCUGUUGAGGAGUUGUUUUCUCUGCGGAGCUACAGCCAUGCAGCAGGAGCUUUUAUUCAAAGUCCUAGUUAUCGGAGACUUGGGAGUCGGGAAAACGUCCAUCAUCAAGCGGUACGUCCAUCAGAUCUUCUCCCAGCACUACCGAGCCACGAUCGGGGUUGACUUCGCCCUGAAGGUGCUGCAGUGGGACAAUGACACUGUGAUCCGGCUACAGCUGUGGGACAUAGCAGGACAGGAGCGGUAUGGGAACAUGACUCGUGUCUAUUACCGGGAAGCGGUGGGAGCCAUGGUGGUGUUUGACGUGACGAGGGCCUCCACGUUUGACGCUGUGUUGAAGUGGAAGGAUGACUUGGACUCUAAGGUGACCCUGAAUCAUGGGAGGCCAGUUCCAGCUGUGCUCUUGGCCAAUAAGUCAGAUCAGCUGGGUUCCCAGCAGCCCAAACUCGACUCCUUCUGCAGGGAGAAUGGCUUUGUUGGCUGGUUCGAGACCUCAGCAAAGGAAAAUGCAAACAUUGAGGAAGCAGCGCGUUGCUUGGUAGAGCACAUCCUGAACAACGAGGAGAGCCCGAUGAUGGAGCGAGACCCCAGCUCCCUCGUCUUGUCUGGAUACAAUAACGCCACGAAGGAUCAUCUCAACUGCUCAUCAUGUGUGAAAUGAUGACUCCUGACCAGUCACAGACAAGCAGGAAGUGAACACCUGUGAGGCUAUGGCCACGGAGAUAAGUUUGGCUCGGGGACUGUUUGUAAAAAAAAUGCCUUAAAAAAAUGUAAAACAGGUAGAGCUUUGUACCAAUGCUCAUGGACUGUGUUCCCACUGCAGGCCAACAUGAUAUCUGACACACAAAAGUUUGGGUUUUGAUGAAAAUAUACAUUGGAUCCUUGCAGAUCAACAACAACGUCCUCUUCAGUCUUUUUGCCUCUGCCAUUAGCUAACGUUAUGUCCAUUCUUUGUAUAGCUUGCUUGCUGCAGAGUCAUGUUGGAGUCCGAUGGUACCGUAAAGUAUUACGCCGUUGUCGUGAUAGAUUUCCUGCACUGGGAUUCCAAUGUUACAUGCAGGUGCCCCGGGUCUAGAGUGGCAAUGACAGAGACUCCAUUCACCUUAUUACAGGUCAGUGUACAAUCAAACUUAUUUUGAAGCUGUUGCUUUAACCUGUAGAACGGUGAAUUGACAUUUUUACACCUCAGUUUUUUUAAAAUCUUUUGAAAAAAGUCCCCCCCCCCACCACCAUUUCCAGUCAUCAUGCUAAGCUACGCUAACUGGCUGUAGCCUUGUAUGUAAUGGACAGAUUAGAGAGUGGUAUCGACGUACUUCGUCUUCUAUUCAAACUGUUCAGUAAUCCUUGUUUUUGUUUUUUUGCUCAGUUACUGAGCGAAUUAUCAAAAUUCCACAACAUCUGUACACUAAAAUGGUUCCACUAUGUUAAAACUUAGCAGUAAAAUGAGCAAAUGUAAACUGUCUAACGACUUGACGAUGGUCACCUACUGGACAGAUGUGUCAGACAGUUAACUAGCCUCCUAUCUGUCAUUACAAAGGUUGUAUUAUCCAUCUGCUGAAGACCACAGCCUUAUUUCUUUGCUAAUGCUUAUGUAAGAUUAAUCCCUUAAUGCGUUAUUAAUACUAGUGUUGUAGUACUUGAGAUCGGUUGUGGUCUCAACCAAUGCAACCAAUAACCCUAAUUAAAAAAAUUUUGUUACAGUUAAUGGCUGUCACCCCUCCCCGCCAUUGUAAGCAUGGAAAAGCAGUGUUUGUAUGUGGGUGUUUUAAUGGGAA